AUGAAUCCAAAUCAAUUACCAACUGAUGAGCCCAUCAUCGAAAAUAUGAACGAAGAAGAUAACGUCUCGGGAGAAGAAUCAGAUGUUAAACCCUCGAGACGUUCUGGAAGAAGAAAAAUCAAGAUUGAAUACAUUGAAGACAAGAACCGUCGACACAUUACUUUCUCCAAACGCAAGGCUGGUAUCAUGAAGAAGGCAUAUGAGUUGAGCACAUUGACAGGUACACAGGUUUUGCUUUUGGUAGUCUCUGAAACUGGAUUAGUCUAUACAUUCACCACUGUCAAGCUUCAACCUAUUGUCACCAAGCCUGAAGGAAAGAAUCUUAUUCAAGCUUGCUUGAACGCGCCUGACGCAGUUCAGGGUGAUUCAAAUGACAAUGAUUCCACAUAUGCUCCUACUACUACUGGUGGUAGUCAAUCGAAACUAGAAGUUAAAAAGACAGAAGCAAAAACUGAGCCUGUUCCACAAACAACUGUUGCUGCGGCUUCAUCUGGAUCUGCUGGAACAUCCGGCUAUGGUAACAGCAGUGGUCCUUAUCAGCAACAGCCUUACGGUGCUGCCGCAAACAGUGGAGCGCCUGUCAUGCCUCCCAUGAGUGCUGCUUAUGGUGGUCAUCCCAAUUACAUGAGUCCAGCAUACCAUCAACAACAGCAAUCUCAGCAACCACAGCAACAAUCUCCUCAACAACAACAGCAGCAGCAGCCUUAUGGCCAGAUGCCAGGCUCUGGUUAUUAUGGCAGCCAGCAGCAACAACAACCUCAAUACAUGUCUCAUCCUGCUCAGCAGCAGCAACAACAACAUCAUGGCUACUGGCCAAACAAUCCUGCUAGUCCUUCUUCUAGACAACAACAGCAACAGCAAGACGACGAUUCUGCCAGAAGAUCACUUGCGCCCAAAAACUAA